AAAGAGGUGAAGGACCGGUGGGGUCCGUGAGAUGCCUUGUAGGUGGCGCCAUCCAGUCGCGAGGCGUUCGCCGGGCAGGGUGGAGGUGGCUGCGUCGUCCGCAAGGAUACGUGGUCGGUUGCCGCGACGCCGCCGCGGUUCGCGCAAGCACAGGUACGAAGUGCGCGCGUUUUCGAGGCGGUAUCACGAAAAGCGCAGGAGUGGCGUUUCUACGUAUCGUUCCGAUAUCACUGCUACGGUCCAUCGUUGACGUGCAGUGAGUAGUAGGAGGUUCGUGGCAUCGGUGGAAAGAGAGGAAAGACCAAGAAAGAAGAGGGAAGGAAAGAGAUAGAGCGCGGUUCUAUCGCGCGGUGCAGUGCGAAAAGUGUUCGCGAAGGGGGCCCUUGCUUCCUCCCGUGUGUAGGUGUGCGUGCGUGUGCCAAGAGCGAGAGCACGUAAGAACGUUAACUAGUGACACACGGUGCUGGAAAAGGGAGAGAGAAAGACGAAUAAACACGGACCGCCGGAUAAUACUUGUGUACGGUGUGCGGGUUUCGUGAAGGUGCGUCAAAUGACAGUGAGGUGAUCAAUGUGCUCGAAACAUGGCUGAGGAGCUGGUGGUCACCCUGAACCGCGGCGACUCGUCCGGAUUCGGGUUUUCGCUCCUCGGUACCGCGGGUUUGCCGCACGUCAUCUACGACAUCGUUGAGAAUUCGCCGGCAGCGAAGAGCGGCAAGGUCGAGGCCGGUGACGUCAUACUCAGGGUGAACGAAGUCGAUGUCAACCGAUUCAGUACUAAAGAAGUGCUGAAAUGUCUGCGGCUCUCGUCGGACCCCGUCACCCUGAAACUGCGAAGGGAUCCUGCGAUAAAAGCUCACGUGCGCCGGCUGUUGUCACCGGGUCAGCCGACAUGCGACGAGACAGACUCGUCCAAGAUCUCCCACGAGGCGACGACCCUCGCGAAUAACCCCAGGCCCGUGUCGUCCAGCAAUGACGAGGACACGGAGCCGAGGAAACCGGGGACACCGGAACUUCCGGGUGGAUCUCCGCAGGAACCGACCGGCGCGACGCAGUACACGACCAGAAGCAACGGCUCCUAUAGCGACGCGUCUGGUUCCUCCGAGUUGGAGGCGCUGCUUCCGCCGGUCGACAGCUUCAAGGAGGAAGAACGUGCCCAGUGGGAGCCGCUCUCCGGCGACAAGUUCUCCAGGCAGAAGAACACACCGAGGUUCGAAGCCUACAUGAUGACCGGCGACCUAAUGCUGAACCUGUCGCGCACCCAGCAGAGCAGCGGUCUGCUGCCGAAGCACCAGAAGAAGGUCGACUCGCUGAGGUACAACAAUCAUCACACCCACCAUCACCAUAAUCACCACAAUCACCACCAUCAUAACUCGGUACCCACCAGUCCUAACGAGAUGCUGGGCCAUCACCGUGCUUACAAGUGCACCGGUUCGAACUCGGCCAGCACCUCACCGGUCGGGAUCAGCAAGCGUGAGAGCGGCCAGUGUCCGGGCCAGAGCGAUAAUAGCAAACAAAACGCCGCGAGUUUCGGUUAUUCGAGCGGCUUCGUACGCACCUCGCGCUCCGAGGACCACUUGCAAUUCCAAAAGGACCCGUCGAUGAGCGCGGUGGACAUUGACAUUGACGACGACGUCACGUCCAGCCUGAACACCCUGUUGGACACGCGGCCGGACAGCGGCCAGGGCCUGUCCAGCGAGCGGAUCGUCUGGACGUACAACGCGCCAGUCAGCUCGCCGUCCGCCUCGGAGCGCACCUCCUGCUGCCAAAACGGUAGCUCCUCACAAUCCUCGUCGAGUAGCUCCUCGACCGAGGGCACUAGUCCCCAAAGAUCCUUAUCGCCAACCUCCCCUACCUCGGUCUCGUCCUCCGUCAUGUCCUCCAAUUCUGGAUCCCGUAGGUUCCCACCGCCGGUACCCACGGGCACCAGCGCGGCAGCCCUGGGCCCCUCCGGCGACGGGACCACCUCCUCGGCCUCCGGCCUUCAUCCCACCAACGGUGACCUCAGCCAGUCCGAGGCCAUCAGCAACAUGUCCAGUCCCGACUACAACGACGAGGAGACUAUGGACAUACUCAGUGCACGCGAUAUCAUGAUGGUCAGUGAUCCCAGUGACAGUGACUCGACGAUACUCGCCAGCGAGCCACCCCAGAGGAGGCUCAAGACAGCUGCUGCCACCUCGGUUGCGCCUGCGACCAACGCGUAUGCACCGGGCCAGGAGAACACCGAGCAUAGGAUAGUGAUACAGGUGAAGGGGCCUGACAAGGACGCCGCUGCGGCGAGGAACACGAGUCCCAGGCAGAACCGGCGACGGGGCAACCUCAGCAAUCCGGAACUCGUGCCCACGUCUGCCACCGCGCAAAGCACCGUGCAGCGACCCACUAAUAACACCGCCGGGAACGUCACGCCUGAGUUCGUCGGCUAUCAGGAGCUGAAGGAGAGCGAGGACGAGAACGAAGCUCUGAACAUCGGGUGCUACGAGGACAAACACGGGGGUGCGUCGCCACCGCAGUCCGCCGACGAGGAGAGCGAUAUCGAAAGUCUGCACAGCUUCCAUUACAGUCCUAAAGCGGUGGACCUACCAUCGGCAGUUCGAUUGGCCAAAAGGCUGUACAGCUUGGACGGCUUCAAAAAGUCUGACGUCUCUAGACACCUUAGCAAAAACAACGACUUUAGUAGAGCGGUAGCCGAAGAAUACUUGAGAUACUUCAGCUUCGAACGGGACACGCUGGACGUAGCUCUCAGAAAGUUCCUUGCCCAGUUCUCUUUGACUGGGGAGACCCAGGAAAGGGAGAGGGUUCUUGUACAUUUCUCCAAGAGAUUUCUCGAUUGUAACCCUGGCGCUUUCAAAUCUCAGGACGCUGUUCAUACUUUAACCUGUGCUAUCAUGCUGCUCAAUACGGACCUACACGGUCAGAAUAUCAGCAGAAAGAUGUCGUGUAACGAUUUUAUUGAGAACCUCUCAGGAAUGAACGACCACAGUAACUUCCCCAGAGAGGUACUGAAGCAGCUUUACAACGCCAUCAAAUCAUUCCCCUUGGAAUGGGCCCUGGAUGAGGAAGGGGAUGAAACUGCGAAUCAGGCGAUUCAACAGGGUGACGGUCCAGCGAUAUCUGGUACCGGAAAUCCGUUUCUCGAUGUGCCAAAUAUUACGGGUGCUACGGAGUUCAAGAAGGGAUAUGUUAUGCGGAAAUGCUGUUUCGAUUCCAAUGGAAAGAAAACACCGUUCGGGAAACGCGGCUGGAAGAUGUAUUAUUGUACAUUGAGGGAACUUGUAUUAUAUUUGCACAAAGACGAGCAUGGCUUCCGUAACGAUAGUUUGCACAACGCGAUACGCAUUCAUCACGCAUUAGCCACCAUAGCAUCUGACUACACGAAGAAAGAACACGUCUUCAGGUUACAGACUGCUGAUCAAGCAGAGUAUCUCUUCCAAACGAGUGAUUCCAAAGAACUGCAGUCGUGGAUUGACACAAUCAACUUCGUGUGCGCCAGUUUUUCUUGCCAGCCAUUAGCAGAAGCGGUGGGUUCUCAACGAAAAUUUCAACGACCUCUACUUCCUUGCAGCCACACGAAAUUAUCUCCUAGAGAACAGUUACGGGACCAUGAGGAAAGGGUGAACAAGUUGGAAGCUGAGCUGGAGGAGCACAGACGACAUCCACCUGAGAGGGGAGCUAAAGCUCUCACUGUACAGAAUUAUAAGGAAAAAGAUGCCUACUUACAUCAUGAGCUGAAGAGGUAUAAGACGUAUGCGUACCUGUUACGGUCCAGAUUGGCGUUCACAGAGAUGGAACCAUCGCUGGUGGAGAGCUGUAUCGGCGAGGUAGACGAGGGAAGCGGGUCGCUGCUGAACUCAGACGUGGCAUUGGUACCGCCGCCUGUUCCCGAUCGGCCAGCCAUAAAUAGGUACAGUUACAGGGCUGCCAUUUACAACCGUAAUCUGCUAAACGGUCAGGACUACGGCGGGGACAUUGGUUGACGUGUGAUGGGUGUCUUUUCAGCAUGUGUGGUCUAAUCUGACCUGCAUACGCAGGCAGAAGCAACAGCUGAAAUUCGGAAGAGAAUAUUAAUGAAAAAAUACCUAACGAUGUAUCCGACGCAUCACUUGUUAAGUACUGUACUUUACCGUACCGUGUACUCACCAUUCUCUUUUACUAUAUUUAAUCGUAAUCUUAUCAGCGGCCAUUAAAAGAAAAAACCGGUAGUGCUAGCAUUCGU